AAACCAUGGUCUAAUCACACUGAUCGUUCCGUUCUUCCUAGCUCCUAGCAUGCCAAUCAUGCUCCACGUUCCAUUGCUUCUCUCCCUGACUCUUCAUCGCCUUCGCCUGGCGGCCGCGGCGGUUGACCAGUUCACCUUCGACGGCUUCGCCGGCGCGAGCCUCACGCUGGACGGCACGGCCGCGAUCACCGCCGACGGCCUCCUCCGGCUGACGAACGGCACGACCCUGCUCAAGGGCCACGCCUUCUACCCUUCCCCUCUGCGGUUCCACCGCGACGCGGCGAGCGGCGGCGCCGCGCGGUCUUUCUCGGCCGCCUACGUGUUCGGCAUCGCCAGCGAGUACGCCGACCUGAGCAGCCCCGGCCUGGCCUUCGUCGUGGCCAAGAGCAAGGACUUCUCGGCGGCGCUGCAGAGCCAGUACAUGGGCCUGGCCAACGCGGCCAACAACGGCAACGCCACCAACCACUUCCUGGCCGUCGAGCUCGACACCAUCGUCAACGCCGAGUUCGGGGACAUGAGCGACAACCACGUCGGGGUCAACGUGAACGGCCUCGUGUCCCGGGUCGCCGACAACGCGGGCUACUACGAGGACGGCACCGGCGCGUUCCGGAACAUGAGCCUGCUGAACCGCACGGCGGCGCAGGUGUGGGUGGACUUCGACGCGCGCACCUCGCUGGUCAACGUCACCAUGGCUCCCCUCGAGCUGCCCAAGCCCAGGAAGCCGCUGCUCUCCACCACGGUGAACCUCUCGGCGAUCAUCGAGGGCGAAAAAGCAUUCGUCGGCUUCUCGUCGUCCACCGGCGUUGUCUCCAGCCGCCACUACGUGCUCGCCUGGAGCUUCAAGAUGGACGGCCCAGCCCCGCCGCUCAACAUUUCCAAGCUGCCAGCCUUGCCGGUGGCGAUGCCCAAGCCUGAUCCGUCGAAGACACUCAAGAUCGUGUUGCCGAUUGCGUCAGCGGGGUUCGUGCUGGCAUUGGCCAUCACUGUCCUUGUGAUCCGCCGGCGGUGGCACAAGUACGCAGAGCUUAAAGAGGACUGGGAGGCCACGUUCGGCCCGCACCGAUUCUCAUACAAGGAUUUGUUCCACGCCACCAGCGGCUUUUGCGACGAGCGCCUGCUUGGCAUCGGCGGAUUCGGGAGGGUGUACAGGGGAGUGCUUCCCGUGUCCGGCGUGGAGGUUGCAGUGAAGAAGGUAUCGCAUGAGUCGAGGCAGGGGAUGAAGGAGUUCGUCGCCGAGGUGGUCACCAUUGGCCAACUCCGGCACCGGAACCUUGUCCAGCUGCUUGGCUACUGCCGGCGACAGGGUGAGCUCCUGCUGGUCUACGAUUACAUGCCAAAUGGCAGUCUCGAGAAGUUCUUGCACCAUCAAAAUAGUCUUAUUCUGAAUUGGGGCCAAAGGCUAAGAAUCAUCAAAGGCGUCGCGUGCAGCAUACUGUACCUCCACGAAGACUGGGAGCAAGUGGUUUUGCACCGAGACAUCAAGGCAAGCAACGUGCUCCUCGACGCCGAGAUGAACGGGAGGUUAGGCGACUUCGGCCUGGCGAGACUGUAUGACCAUGGCACCGACCCACACACCACGCACGUGGUUGGCACAAUGGGGUACCUCGCACCGGAGCUCGGGCACACCGGCAGGGCAUCCAAGGCAUCCGACGUGUUCGCCUUCGGCGUGUUCAUGCUGGAGGUCGCCUGCGGGCGGCGGCCGGUCGUGCAAGAUGAGCACGGCGACCACCACCUGCUGGUAGACUGGGUGGCCGAGCAGUGGCGCCGAGGGACGGUCGCCGACGCCGUGGACCCGCGCCUCCGGGGUGACUUCGCCGUGGAAGAAGCGAGCCUGGUGCUGAAGCUAAGCCUGCUGUGCUCGCACCCGUUGCCCGGGGCGCGCCCCGGCAUCCGGCAGAUCACGCAGUUCCUGGAUGGUAGCGCGCCGCUCCCGGAGCUGUCGGAGGCUCACCUAGGCCUCAACCUGCAGGCUCUGAUGCGAAACCAGGCGCUGAACCCACACUCUUCACCAUCGACCGUAGCCGGCAACAUCUCUGACGUCCCUGUAGCAAGGUGAGCAGACAACGAAGGAAUCUUCAUCCUCGCGUGGUGAACUUGCUUGAAAGCUUUAGCGAUGACCUCUGUAAUUCUUUGUUUAAAUUUCUCAUUUCAAUUCAAGGUAGUCAGCUGCGAUGUUGAUUUGGCGAAUCUACUUGUUCUGGGAGAUCUAAGUAUUGACGUCUCUGGAGACUGCGAA